UUCUCUAGUACAGAUACAUUCGAUUAACGUUGAAAUGUUUCUGCCGCUUUUUUUUAUAGUCAUCGUAUCCUCCGUCGUUCGAUGUAGUGAUUUUCCUUCGUUAAUAACAGCUAACGCAACAAUGGCUAUUGUGAUCGAUAAGCAUAUAUUCCAGGGAAAAACAAACUAUGAAACCUUGUCGACUGAAUUAUAUCACCUAGUUUCAAAAAUCGUCGACGAAAAUAUGCGGUUUGGAAGAAUCGAAGCACAUCUUUUUACCGACUCAAGUCCCAACUUGCGCCGAGAUUACACUGUAUUGCUCUCGAUUACGACGUGCCACGAAACAUGGAAAUUAUAUCACCAAGCCAAGAGAGAAGACCUCGUGCACAUCGCUAUUACAGACGCAGAUUGUCCGCGAUUUCCCGACCAUGAAGGCAUCAGCGUUCCGCUGUUGCAUCCUGGAGAGGAAUUACCACAGCUGCUUCUGGACUUGAGAACCAGAUCGGCCCUUACCUGGAAAAAAAUAAACGUCCUACAUGAUGAGACUUUUGGAAGAGAUACGAUCAGCAGAGUGAUGAUUGCUCUGUCCGUUGAACUUUUAGACUCGCAACUAGUCCCGACGACUAGAUCUAUUUUCACGAUCAAAGAGGCGAAAUCAGAGCGCGGCAAGAGGCAGGAAGUAUUGAAAAUUCUCUCAAGUUUUCCCGAGGAGAGGCUUGGCAGUUGCUUCCUUGUCAUUGUGACGAUCGACAUGGUCGGCGUGAUAAUGGAAGUGGCUAAGUCGUUGAAUAUGGUUAAUCCUGCAACUCAAUGGCUCUACAUUGCGAGUGACACGACCUCCCAAGAUCAAAACGUGACUAUGUUGAAGGAGAUUCUGAACGAGGGUCAGAACGUGGCUAUUCUUCACAAUACCACGAAUACGGAUGUAACUUGUCAUGGAGGAUUUACUUGCGACGUGAAAGAGCUUACCAGGGCUUUGGCAAUUGCUCUCGAGGAUUCACUUGCCGAGGAGACUAAAUUGUCGGAGCAUGUUACCGAGGAGGAAUUCGAGGCGAUACGAUUUACGAAAAGGGAACGACGUCGGGACGUUCUGGAUAAGAUGAAAGAGCUUUUUAUCAGUCGAUCUGGACCGAGAGGGAAUUGCGACAGGUGUUUGUCCUGGACAGUCACAUCGGCGAUAACGUGGGGGGAGUCCUUUGUUAAAGGUAAAAAAACAUCGGAGGCGAGCGACGGCGGUACAGGCCAUUUCAUUGUUACCGGAACCUGGUCUCCUCGGCUUGGUGCCGUGAUGACGGACGCGAUAUUUCCUCACGUGAUGCACGGCUUCAGAGGAAAGACACUUCCAGUAAUCACAUUCCACAAUCCUCCGUGGCAAAUAAUUAAUCAAAGCGAAACCGGCCAUGUUGUAUUCGACGGGCUUAUUUUUGACGUACUAAAGCAGCUUAGUCAUCGGCUGAACUUCACUUACAACGUCCUCAUCGAAUCGGAUGAACAAGGUCAGAAGGUUGAGCCUUUGAGCCUUGAUGAUGAUGGAAAGACGGCAAACAGUCAGCUGCCUUCCAUGACUAACAGCAUUUCUUCAAAUGUGAUCGAGCUCGUUCGCUCGAAAAGGGUCCUGAUCGCCGCUUGCGCUUUCACCGUUAACGAGCAAAAAAAUAGCAUGGUCAAUUUUACUAGACCAAUUUCCAUUCAGACUUACAGUCUGCUCGCCGCUAGGCCCAAACACUUGUCCAGAGCGCUACUUUUCUCGUCUCCAUAUACCAAGGAGACUUGGGGAUGUCUCGCGGGGGCCAUAAUAGCCAUGGGACCGGUAUUGUACCUGGUGCACAACUGGAGUCCGUUUUAUUCGAACACGCCGUUGUCACUAGGACUGAGAUCGCCCUGGGAUUGCACGUGGUACUUGUAUGGCGCUCUGCUUCAGCAAGGAGGGAUGAAUUUACCACGAGCCGACAGCGGCCGACUGAUCGUUGGGACAUGGUGGUUGGUGGUUUUGGUGGUUGUGGCUACCUACAGCGGUAACUUGGUCGCUUUUCUAACUUUUCCGAGGAUAGACGCCUCUAUAUCCUCGAUAGACGACGUCCUGGCAAGGGAGCACGAACUCACCUGGACUCUGCCGAGCGGAAGUUACCUCUUUGAGUUCUUUGGUUCAUCCGAGGAGCCCAAAUUCCGGAGGUUCUUCUCCGGAGCCGUAAGGCCCAACGUGACGAACAAUACGGAUUUAAUGAGACGCGUCAAGGAAGGAAAUCACGUUCUGGUCGACUGGCGAACGUCGCUCAGGUUCGUUAUGAGGAAGGAACUUCUCGCGACCGGAAGAUGCGACUUUUCCCUCAGUGCAGAAGAGUUCGUUCCGGAGCCAAUCGCCAUGAUCGUUGCUCCCGGUAGUCCCUAUCUCUCAAUCAUUAACUCCGAACUAAAACGAAUGCACCAAGUAGGACUGAUUCAGAAAUGGACGGCGGAGAGAAUGCCGAUAAAAGACAAGUGCUGGGAAAGACCAGGCGUAAGUCAAGAGACUAACAACCAUAAAGUCAACAUGGACGACAUGCAGGGGAGCUUUUUUGUACUUUUUAUAGUCGCGGCAACCCAAGUCCAAGGAUACGGUUCUUCUUGGCAUGAUCUUCCGACUUCUCAGGCGCCUCCGUUUCAGCGUCCAGUAGACGUAAUGACGGAUGUGAUCAAUGAUCUUGGGGUCAGGAUUCUGCAACAAUACGGCGAGACCGGGCGUUAUGGAAACGUGGCAUUUUCCCCUACGGGGAUUGGGUUUGUCUUGGCAGCAUUGUACGAGGGAUCGGCAGGUCCUGGACACGAGCAGAUUGCGCACGCCUUGGAUCUCCCCCGGGAACAGGACAUCACCAGGAUUGGUCUUCGGGAUAUUCACAGGAGGCUAAGGAGCUACCUCAGCCCUGACGGGUUUCUUGGUGGCCUAACUCUCAACAGAGACAACACAAAGUUGAGACCAGAGUACGAGGAUGUUCUCAAGUUUCUUGGCUUCGACGUGGCUUCCAGAGCCAACGGAUCUGACGAUAAUUCAAACUCAACAACACUUCCAGAAACUACGUCCGAAGCUCCGACCACCUCUUCAGCUUCCAGUUCUCUGCUCACGACUACUCCGAUUCCGGUUGACGUUACAGAGGCGACGGAAUCCCCUACGAUCAUGACGACAUUGGUAGGUGAAGAUGUCGGGGAAGCCUCGACCAGCUCUACAAAUAUCCCGACGACGAUCAUCGCCAGCACCGAAGAACCGACGACGGCGAAAAUUGACGUGGAAACAACCACCAUGACGAUCACGACUGAAACAAUGUCUGCCGAAACAGUAACGGUUUCUGAGAUGGUCGAUAACUCCGGAGAGAAACUUACUACUAUUUCUAGUAUCUCGUCCGUCCCCACGACGACGGAAUUUCUGACAACAACUUUGCAGACAUCUUCGGCGGUGACGGAGGCCUCGUCGGAGGGAUCUGUUGUCGAUGAAACCACAGAGCUUGUUUCCUCAACAACGAUGCGUGCUACGGUAGAUACUCCGGUUAUGGUUACAGAGGGUGCUGCAACUGAAGUUGUCAUGCAAACUACCUUGACUAGCGUCGAAGAAGUGACAGAAACUACAACAUUAGGUUCUACUACUGUCAGCACCGAAGCCACAGUUCCCAGCGAGUCGACGACGCCUUUGGCCCCUGAAGUGGGUGCAGUAACUGAGAGCACAACAACAGUGAUUACUGAUUUGGAAGAGGAUGGAUCUGAAAGUGAAUCGGAAACGGACGUGACUUUUUCGAGCUCUGAAGAAACGAUCGAAAAAGAUCUUGAGGAGUUAGCAGCCACGACGGCAAUGGAAGAAAGGACCACGCUACAGCCGGAAGAAACGGUGUCGAAUGAAAUUAUUUCCGAGUCUACAACAAGUCGUAUCGAUACGACGACCGUACCUCUAGAUGUUGAGGUGGACACAUUACUAGAUUCGAUGAGCUCUGAAGCUGAUACUUUGCUUACUUUGGAACGCGAAAAUGGCAGCGCCGUGAUCACGACAACUUCCUCAUCUCUGGAAUUGGAUUCACGUGACCGACGAAGUAUUCGUGACGUUGAGAUCAGGGAUCCUGUGGUGAAGACUCUGUUAAAUGCAAGAUCCACCAAACCAGAGGUAAAGGUGAUGGCAAGAUCAGAAUCGGUCAACUCGAAAGAAACGGGUGCCGUGUGGAUCAACAGAAUUGUGGAAUACUCUUUCACUGAGAAAAACGCUGAACGGAGCACGAAUUUGCUGACAGUUCCGGGACAAGGCGGUGAUUAUGAAAAUGAGAGGUCUGUCAGCUGGAGUGCAAAUGAUGAAGCUGUAUCGGAAGGCGAAAGACUAAAGCGUGGAACUCGGAGCCCAAGAAGUUAUUUCCCCGGUCAUUUUAACAUUCCGAAAUUUCCAAGUUUCCCUGUUUAUCCAGACUCUCCUGGAGCUUCAGAGGAUACUUCGUGGACUCGUAAGGUCGGAGGAUGGCGAGUGCACUCCUCAAAGCUGGACGAAGUCUCUCAAGAUUUGAGUGAACUGACCUUUCUCGUUAACGGGGAAGAGCCAACAGUUGUUUCAGCAGCAACGUACACAGUUGUCUUGCCUUUUGCAUUCCUCUCAUCCCUGCAGGCCUUGGCAUUGGAAUUUCCUCUGGACGAUCCAAGGUACAACAUUCUUCUACUUCUGCCAACGGAUAGAGAUGGGACUCGCCGACUGGCUAGAGAACUUGAAAGCGUCGGCCUCAGGGAGUUGAGGCAGGAAUUACAUCCUUCCUGGGUCAGAGCGAUUAUCCCUUCGUUUAUGCUCAAGGGGUUCGUCACUUUAACGUCUUUUCUGCAGCGGAUUGGGAUCAGAGACGUCUUCGAGCCACGAGAUGCUGAUUUAUCUCCCAUGACUGACGACGUGGGCGUUUACGCGCGGGAUGUACAGCAGAGCAUCGGUGUUAACAUACGAAAUUACAUGAAGCCUGACCGGACGCACUCGAGUGAGUGGCAUUAUUAUCAGGCCGAUCUGUCGCCUCCACGAUUUCUUCCAACCCCCGAGCCACGUCUACGGGUCUUUCGAAACGAGCGUUACGAUGCAUGGCUUCCGAGCUGGCGGAAUUCUUACCAAUCUUUUAACCCAGGUCCUAUGUUACUAGGAAACGGACUCUUCGAGCGGGCUGGACCAGUGAGUUUCGUCGCUGAACAUCCAUUCCUCUUUUUCAUCGUCGAUGCGGAGACAGGCGUGUCCUUGAUCGCUGGGCGAAUAGAAGAUCCUGCAAAUUCGCGGAUCCUCUGACUCCACCUUUCUCAUCCAGAUUUGCCUCGUUUCGAUUCCAAUUUCAUUCAUGUAUAAUAUUGAAU